AUGGAGGACAGAAAAGCCAACACAAUCUCUGUGAUAUCAGUGGUUGCGCUGAUCAUAUUCAUCAUCGUUGCACGUGUCUCCUUGAAGCUUUCACGUGCCUUCUUCCUCAUAUGUGGCGCUUCUAUUGCUGUGAUCAUCGCUGUCUUUUCAUGUACCCUUAUAAGGCACCGUUACAACCGAAGGAGGAGGUUGCUGGAGUUACAGUUGAAGACGGAAGGGCGAGAGCUUCGAAUAGAGUAUAGUUUCUUAAGAAAAGUUGCUGGGGUUCCGACGAAGUUUCGUUACAAGGAGCUUGAGGAAGCAACGGAUGGGUUUCAAGCACUGUUGGGAAGAGGGUCCUCAGCUUCGGUCUUCAAAGGCAUUCUCAGCGAUGGAACUUCGGUUGCAGUGAAACGGAUCGAUGGAGAGGAGCGUGGGGAGAAGGAGUUCAGAUCAGAAGUUGCAGCCAUUGCUAGCGUGCACCAUGUCAACCUCGUGCGCAUGUUUGGUUACUGUAACGCCCCCACAGCGCCUAGGUACCUUGUUUAUGAGUACAUCCCAAACGGGUCUUUGGAUUGUUGGAUCUUUCCCUCAAGGGAAAGCAGUUCACGUAGAGGUGGGUGUUUGCCAUGGAACUUGAGGUAUAAGGUUGCCAUUGAUGUUGCCAAAGGGUUGUCUUAUCUUCACCAUGAUUGUAGGAAGAGGGUUUUGCACCUUGAUGUGAAGCCCGAGAAUAUACUCUUGGAUGAGAAUUAUAAGGCUCUAGUUUCUGAUUUUGGUCUCUCAACUCUUGUUAGCUAUGAUGUGAGUCAGGUUAUGACAACAAUGAGGGGGACAAGAGGGUACUUGGCUCCUGAGUGGCUUUUGGAAAGAGGGGUGUCGGAGAAAACUGAUAUUUACAGUUAUGGGAUGGUUUUGUUGGAGAUAAUUGGAGGGAGAAGGAAUGUUUUAAGGGUGGAGGAUCCUAGGGACAGGACUAAGAAAAAGUGGGAAUUUUUUCCCAAGAUUGUGAAUGAAAAAGUGAGGGAGGGGAAGUUCAUGGAAAUUGUGGAUCAUAGGUUGAUUGAAAUUGGGGGUGUUGAGGACAGUGAGGUGAUCAGAUUGGUGUAUAUUGCAUUGUGGUGUAUACAAGAGAAGCCAAGGUUGAGACCUAGCAUGGCACAAGUAGUUGAUAUGCUUGAGAGUCGUGUGAGGGUGGAUGAACCCCCUGGUUCCAGGUUGAUUCUUGUUGAUUUACUAGCUGUUGAUGAAGACCCUGUAGAUCAUCGAAAUCUUGCAAGGUUGUUGACCUCUGUGCCCAGCAAUUUGGAUUGUACAUCUACUUACUCCUUGGGAACCACUAUUUUAUCUGGCAGAUAG